GUACAAGAGGCUUUAUGUGACGAAUUUGAUGGCAUUGAGUGCUCGGUCGGUCCUGGUCCAGAUCUAUCCCAGUCGCCGUUCAGGCUUGAAAUAACAUUUGUUCCCGACAUCGCACAUCUGGACGAGUUCGACGCUGCUGGAUUGCACAGAAUCAAUCUAUCCAAGAGCAGUGCUCUGUUCACCGAUGGACGUUCCAGCUGUUGUCUGGAACUCGUUCUUGGCCGAGGUCGCAACUGGCGUGAUCCGCUGAUUAAGCUCUUUGACAGAUUAUAUCCGAACAAAUGGGCUUUCUUCGUCGUGGAACUCGAACAUAGUCAACCGACAUAUCAUCUGCUUUGCUGUAAUUCACCAGUAAUAUCCACCCGGCGUGAAGAUACACCGGAUUCGACGGAAGCAUCAUCGCAAAUCAGUUCACCACCAGAAUCGGUAUCCGAAUCUACCAGCUAUUCGCUAUGGAUUGUACCUGUCACAAGAGUAUUUGCUUUACCACCAAUGCCUGCUGUGAAGAAAGUAAGGGUAGUGAAGAAAAUUGUCAAGAAACGCACUCCAAACGAAGAUUUGGGCGAUGAUAAUGGGGAGAAGAAAAAGAUUGUGAGUUAUUUGCCGCCUUUUUAGUA